AUUAUAUUCCUCUUGGAUCUUGUAUCAAAAUUUUAACAUCCUAUCAGUGAACUUGCCCUAUUAAGUUAAACUAGAACACACUACUCUUUCUGUGCUUUGAAAAUGAGAAAAAGAAGCGAUUUGGGUAAUUGAUUUCUACUGUGGUAAAAUUUCCUACAAUUGGAGAGUGGUGUUUCAAAACAAAAACAAAAAACAACAUAGAAGCCAGGAAUGGAGGCAAAAACUAGGACAUCAGCCCCUGGGCAGCCUGGGCUACAUUCUGUCUCAGAAAGCAAGCAAGCAAGAUAGCAAGGAAACCGACAUUCAUUCACUAGCCCCCAAGCAACAACUAUUGCCUUCAUAAUCAGAAAUCCAAGACUAAUAAACUUGGUUUUUUAAAAAAAUGGAACAGAAUCUCAGUUCUACUUUUCUGGUAAGAAAAGCCUGGCUACUUUAAGUAAAUUCCAACAGUUCACAGCCUUCUGUGCUCACCUGGAUCACACAAGGAGCGGCAGAUUCUGUUUAAUCAGGUUAGGACUUAGGACAGAUACUGAAUAACUAGGAAUGCCUUGCAGAGGAUCAGAAUCAUCCGAGACGGAGGCUGGUAUGGUGAAAACCUUGCAGGUUUGAAGCUGGGCAGUGCAAACUUUUUGCAAAUUUGUGCCCACCUUUCCAAAAAUGCCAGAUCAGCUCAGAUCAAUGGUUUUUACUUUGAGCUGGAGGGCAGAAUUCCUGUGAGUGCUGAUGUCUACAGGCUCUGGUUUCUUAGGUGACCCCAAGGGAAACUAGACUGGAAAAGUCCUGUGUUAGGCUGUAUUUCAUUUCCCACCGUGGUCUCAGAACAGCUAUUUGCAGUAACACAAUCAACUUUGAUUUCAUGUAAACAGCUAUUUACUUAACUAUUAAGUUAUUCACUCAGGGAUAUUUACUUUAAGAUACAAAGACAUGCUUCCGUUGUUAUAAGGCUAACUGAUUAAACAAACAAAACAAAAACUCUUCAAGCAAAUAAACACCCUCCCCCAUAAAUCCAAGCAUAUAAGAUACACAAAAUCCUGCAGGCAAAUGUUGAAAACCACAUCUGUGGGUACAAGACAAUAGAUUUCCAAGUGAAUGUAAGACAGAAUUUCAAGCAAGCUUUAAGCAAAAUCACAGAGGCAGGAAACUGGAGCAGACCCACCAGCAAAAUCAAGCAGAGAAAUGGGGCUUUCCGUGUAGAGCUUGUUUGGUGACCUUUCUCAUUGCUGUGACAAAAUAUCUAACAGAAGCGACCUGAUGAAGACUUUACUGUGGCUCAGAGUGUGAAGGUACAAGCUCAUCAUGGGGAAGACAGGGUGGCAAAUGGACACAUUUCGGACACAAGACAUAGAGAGACGAAUGGUUGUUCUCAGCUUGCUUUCUCCUUUUUCAUUCAGAUCAGGAUCAAGAAAUGGUGCUAUCCAUAUUUUGGGUAGGUUUUUCCACCUCAGUUAAGCCAAUCUAUAAUAUCGAGACACAGGUGCCCACACAGUUGUCUCCCAGGUGACUGAUUUUAGAUCUGUUGACAAUAUCUACCACAAUAGAAGUAGUAUCAGAAACUUAGGGAAAAGAGAAUCUUGAUAGCAAUGGUCUAACUCAGGAGAAAAUGGACUAUUAGAUUUUGGUGACAAGUUGGGUAAAAGGCAUGAAGCUGUGAAGGAAGGCCUAACUCUGAGAAAACAAGAAUAAUCACAGACUAUAGGAAACAGCAAAGUGUUAAGGAACUUGGGGUUUAAGAAAGAGAGGACCAUCUUUCUAUCAUUUCCCAGGUUACUUAAGAACAAUUUGUCAACAUAGUCAUGACAGGUGGUAUUGUUGAAAUUAUUAAGGCCACUCCACGUAGUUAAAAGGGAGGUUUAUUUUGUGGGGUAACUUACAAGUGAAGGGAUAGUUUGCAGGGUCUGGGAAAGGUGUGGCGCAGUCCGGCGGUGUUCUCUGGAGAACUCUGCUUGGUCUACCUCCAGCGUCCAGGGUCCAGGAAUCAAGAGAGCCUGCGCAUCUGGAUCUCGGGUCUUCAGGGUCCUCCCUUGGCCCCGCCUUGUAGGCGUGACAGUUACCGAAGCCUCAGUGGGGGUUGGAACUUCCAGGUCAAAGCUGGAAUGGCUACCUACUGCAAGAUGGACUUAAGGAAGUUGCAUUAAAUGUAAGCAUCACUGUACUCAUUACUAACUCACAUGGAAAAAAAUCAGAACUAUUUCUUAUGGAAAGAGCAUCAGGGUACCCAGGAAUGUGGAGUCAACAGGAAAGGGCAUUAGGGUAUCAGGAUGGAAUACACAGGAACUGUCUUCCUGGUAUAAUAUUGGUACCGCUAAGAGGAUUAAUAGAUCUGGUGUCUUUAUUCAUGUUCCAUUUUCUUCUCAAAAUACUGUUUACGUAGUUCUUGUGUACAAUGCUUAUAAGCUAUAGCAAAAGCAUGAUAUCUUGACAUUAGGUGACUAUAUUUCAUUUUUAAAUUUUUUUUUAAAAAAUAAUGAUUUGUUUAUUUUUAUUUUAUGUGCAUUGGUGUUUAGCCUGCAUGUAAGUCCAUAUGAAGGUGUUGGAUCCCUGGAAAUGGAGUUACAGACAGUUGUGAGUUAUCAUGUGGGUGCUUGAAAUUGAACCUGGGUCAUCUGGAAGAGCAGCCAGUGCUCUCAACCAUGAGCCAUCUCUUCAGCCCCUAUAUUUCCCUUUUUACAUGCAGUUUGUGUGACUAUGAAACCACUAAAUUUGGUGAGCAUCUAUAAGGUGAUCAGAAUUUUGGCUCCCAUGGCAUUUACCCUCAGUCAUAAUGUUUAUGUGUAUAACACUAUAUAGCUGAAUGGAAUCAAAGUUGCUAAUUGACUUCAAUACAGCCAAAUUUUCCUGGGUUAUCUGAGUGGCAGGAGAAGUGUCAAAGAAAGACCGAGGGUUGUUCAGAGAGGGAAGUUCCUGAAAAGGUAGGAAAAGUUAGAAUGAUAAGCAAGAAUCGACCCACAGUUACUGGCUCUGAAGAUGGAGAAAGGGGGGCUCUGAGCCAAAGCACCUGAGUAACUUCUAGAAGCUGGGCACAGCUGAUAACCCUGCAAGAAAAUAACCACAAGGACCCGAAUUCUACCAACAACCCACAGCAAGAAACACAUUCUGUCAUGGAUCCUCCAAAGGAAUGCAGCCUGACAUGAAAGUCAUGUCAAAGCUCUGACAGAGACGUUUAAGAGAAUACACGUGUGUUUUAUUAAACCACUACAUUUGUGGCAGUUUGUUGCAGUAGCAAUGGAAAACAAAAUGUCAAAAAUGUCCCAUCUUUCAUUUUGUUCGAAUCAAAGCUUAUCCACUGUUGGCAGUUGCUCCUGCUGGAUCGGCAGAGUAUGUAAUUUUUGGCAUUACUGAGGCCCUUGCUUGACAUGGUCCCCUCUUCCUCUCACAUCAGUGGUAUGAUAUUAAGGCUCCUUCAACAACCUCUAUCAUAGAAACUCUUGAAGGGAAGAAAUAUAAAAUUCUGGUUACCUGCAUAAAGGAACACCUAACUGCAUUAUCCUCUUGCUAGUAAGUUGUUUCUCUUUAAAGGACAUUUUACUGCCUGUCUUGGUUACUGUCCUAUUGCUGUGAAGAGACUCCAUGACUAAGGCAACUCUUAAAGAGGAAAGCUUGCUUACAGUUUCAGAGGUUUAGUCCAUUAUCAUCACGGCAGGAAGCAUGGCUGGGCAUCCACAGCACUGGGGCAGUAACUGAGAGUGCUGAUCUGAUCCAUGGGCCUCAGGAAGAGAGAGACCCGAGCCUGGCCUGGGCUUUCAAACCUCAAAGCCCACCUGCAGAGAUACACUUCCUCCAGCAAGGCCACACCUACUCCAACAAGGCCAUAAAUCCCAAUCCUUCUCAAAUAGUGCCACUCUCUGAUGACUAAGCAUUCAAAUAUAUGAGCCUCUGGGGCCAUUCUUCAAAUGACCACAUCCUUUCUUUCGGUCCCAGCCUUUUCCAGGCAGGUUACUGCUAGUCUUGUGUGCUCCAAGAUGGUAACUGCACACAUGGGUUUCCUUAGACUGCUCCAGGUCAGAGUUUGAAAACAUGGGCAUAAGGGUGUAUAUCCCUCUUCCCUGAGGGCAACAGACACCUGUUUUUGAUUGUGUCCUGUCCCUCCUCCCUUCCCCCCCAAAAGAAAGAUUUGCUAAUUAGUCUGUUUUGUUUUAAAGUGGUGUUGAUUGAAUCCCAGGUCUAGCUCAUGCAAAGGACACCUGUCUGCUACCACUAUGUCAGCCCCUGGGAGGUUUAUGUAUUUGUUUAUUAACUGUUUUUCAUUCUAGUCAACCUCUGGGAAAAGGUGGACUUGUAGAGAUUUUUUCUUUCAGAAAUAGAGACGAAGCAGGACUUGUUUGUGGCAAUGGAAAAAAUAAUCUACAUAAGAAACAGGGAAACCUGAAUGGGACAGAGGUAGAGGCACAGAUGAAUGGCUGGAUUCUGCAUCCUUUGAAGGUCAGAGCCAGAGAUCUGGUGUGGGUUUACGGUUGUUAGCACUCAUCUGUUCUCUAGCAGAUUUGACAGUGCAGAAAAACCUUACCCCAACUCCUAGUGCUUUCCCUGUCGUGAAAUGAAAGAGCAGGACUGUCUGUCCUUUCAUUUAAACAUAGUCAACAGAGAAUUGGAUUUGGCCAUUAAAAAUAGCCCGUCCUCCAAUCUAUACCUGUAGCCAGGAUUUCGUUAUUUUCAGAUUCAUCCUCUUUCCUACAGUUUCUGGGUUUUAUUCAUUUCCCAAUGUUUACACAUAUACGUGCCAGUUGGUUUCUUAUCUUACAUCCACUCACCAAGUGGACUGUCCCGCCCUUUCCCCUUCUUUUAAAGCUAUCCCCAAAUAAAAGAAAGAUACUGUUUUCAGGGGGAAAAGAAUUAAGAGUACUUUAAAAUAUAGCCCUGUAUACCACUCCAUUUUGUUUUUAGGUGAUUGGAAAUGGAAAAUCGAAUGCUAAAAUAAAUGAUAAGAGCUGCAAAAUUUAUUUAUUAGUUUUUAGUGUUCCUGGUUAUGUCCUAUUUAGAGCAUCAAGGCAGUUAUUGCAAAACAACUCAGAGGACUGAUGAAAACUUAGUUUUUUUGUUUAAAUGUAUAUUGUCAGAAUUAACAUUAGUAAGAAUUAACAAAUACAAUCACUCAUUCCUCUGCAAGCAACAUUUCUACCUCCAUUUAGGGCUUUUAAAAACAGAGCUGCCAGGCUUGCUUCUGCUAAUCAGAUGUUUCGAGAACUUCGUUAAGGUAGUGCGUGUUUGUAGUGUCAACCAUACAAUGUGUACCGUAGCCAUUGUUUGGCCUGGGGAGUUAAACACAUCACUUAACAAUCAUCUGGCGUCGAACGUGAAAUGGUAUGCCCGACCGCCAGAAGAAUCAGAAGAAUCACUUAGGAAGAAGGUAAGGCACGAGAUACAGGAGUUCACACUGUCCCUGGAGAAGUCCUGGGACCAGUUUUCAGUGGCUGCAACCGCUCCUUUGCAGCUUUUAGCCAUCAAGGGCGCGAGGUGCUGCACUGAGGCUGAGCGCGCACUCGUCCUAGAAUCCGGCCCUGCUGCAUAGAACCUCACGUUAUCUUUUAGAUACACAGAAAUGCACGAGCAUUCGGUGUCCGGGUGGCUUCUGGAGGUGACUCCUUUCCUCGUCCCAGGAAACCUAUUCUUACCAGCCAAGUCACAUAGCUCACGCCUUCCUUCCUUCCUAUAGGUGAAGCACUCCCGCCCUGACCAAUGGGCUCCUUUCUUUCUGCAACGGGGCGGGACCUCACGUCGCCUCUGAGGCCCGCCCCUCACGUGACGUACGUGCGUGCGUGCGUGGCGCAGACCGCUUUCUUCAGCGCGUGGCGCCCCCCGGCGGCGGCGCUCCGUCAAUGCGACGGCCUGACUCUUGACAUCCAACAUGGAGCCGCAGGAGGAGGCGCCAACGCUCGGGGAGUCCGUGCCUCGGCCUCCUGGAGCCUCGGGGUCGCCGACGCCGGACGAGGAGGAGGAGCCGCCGGAGGGCAGCGCGCCGCUGGCGGCGGCUCCCGCGGGCGCCGACGGGCUGUGGGGGCUGCCGGUGGAGCACGCCGAGCGCAGGCCCGAGUGCAGCCGCUGCAGCCGGCCCCAGAAAGUGUGCUUGUGUCCAUAUCUACCAGUGUACCCACUCCAAAUCUCCACCCAUUUGUACAUAAUUCAGCAUCCAGCAGAGGAAAGCAAAGUGUUGCGCACAGUCCCUCUGCUAGCGGCAUGCCUCCCCCCUGACAAGUGCACGGUAAAGAUUGGCCGCCGCUUCAGUGAAGAGCGAGAUUUUGAACUUUCAACUGUUUGCCGGGACUCUGGUACAUUAAUAUUAUAUCCAGGGGCUGAAGCUACUAAUUUGGAAGAAUUUAUAUUAGAUUCUCCUGUCUAUCCUUCCACAAUCAUCCUCAUUGAUGGUACAUGGAGCCAGGCUAAGGACAUUUUCUAUAAGAAUUCCUUGUUCCGACUUCCCAAACAGGUGCAGUUAAAAACUAGCAUUUGUAGUCAGUAUGUAAUUCGGAUGCAACCUACUAGCAGGUGCCUUUCCACCCUAGAAUGUGCUGCUGCUGCUCUUUCCAUCUUGGAGAAAAAUAACUAUAUACAAGAGACUUUGCUUCGCCCUCUUCAAGCGUUAUGUUCUUUCCAGCUUCAGCACGGUGCUCAGAUUCGCCUCAGCAAGGAAUAUCUUCUGAAAAACGGAUUAUAUCCCAAGCCAAUGCCAAAGAACAAACGCAAACUCAGGAAGAUGGAGCUGUUGAUGAACAGUGUUAAAAUUUAGCCCAGUGUCCCUGUGAUGCUCCUUCACCUGUCUUUAGCUGACAAGACUUGGUAAACUUUCCCCCAGUUUAGGCUUGAGGGCUUUGACUCUGAAGAAGGAAUGCUGGCAGGUACUUGUGCAGAAAGAGUUGGUCUGCUAAACAGCAUCAUGCAGCACACUUCCACCCACUCUGUGAAAAGCAGUCUUUUGUUUCAUUUUGUUUUUUGUUUUUUUGAGGCCAGGUUUCUCCGUGUAGUCUGUAGACCACGCUGGCCUCAAACUCAUAGAUCCACCUUCCUCUGCCUCCUGAGUGCUGGGAUCAAAGGUGUGCGCCACCACCAUCCAGAUACUGUAUUUGUUUUUUAAAUAUGUGCUUCUAAUACAUUGUUUUAGAUCUCUUCAAAAUACAAUUAGUUGUUGGUCUAGAGUAAAGAGUGUGUAUAAAAUGAAGACAGUUCGGCCUGGGAACAGUGUUGUUUCCAUCAGCGUUUGUGGAUACCUAGGUAUAUAGAGAUCAAUGGUGGCAUAUACCCUGCAUUACUUUCAGCCUUACUGUGAAAUAAGUGGCAAAAGAGGGUUACUUGUUUUAUUAACUAGUAGAAAGAAACAGGGAAACUUCACUGUUUAGCGUUGAACAUGGACUCCGUGAAUAUGAUUUACACCCUGUAAUUGUCUGGAUUCCUGUGGAGUGCAUUUAACUAAGUAGCCUACAUUCUCUUUGGCAUUUGCUUUGCCUCAGUUUUAGUUUUUCAAUAUUCAUUUAACAAGUUUACUUGUUGUGGUAAGAGGUUGUUGAUGAAGUUUCUGUAUGGAAAUGGCUGAAGUAGAGUAUAAUGCAGUUAUCAUUUUGAGAACAUACUUCGUAGCUCAUCUUAAAAAUUUUUUUUAAGAGCAACAGCUUUCAAUAUGAAAGAUCAAAUUUCUCACCCUAUUAGGAGAAUAUUUGCUGAGAUUUUGUAUAGAAUAAGAGAAAUUUAUAUACUCUAUAUUUAUAUUCAAUUUAUAGUUAAGAGAACACUUUGGCAAGAUCAGGGUGUUUCAUUUUGACCUUUGUUCCUGAUUACUACAGUUCCCUGAAUCCAGUGUUAAAUGGAAGGAAAAAUCAAGCAUGCAGUUUAGUGGUGAUUUUGAUAAAUACCUGUGUGUGACACAAACAUACACUGGUUUUUGAUGUUUUUCAUGCUCAUUUGUUUAUUAUUGGCUCAGAUUAGACACUCAUUAAUAGCUUGGCUGGUCCCAAUUAGAAUGCUGACAAAUAUGUAGCAAGUUAUAUGAAAAUAUUUUAAAAUAUUAAAAUUCGGAUUUGUGACUUCAAUUGCUGACUUAUAUUUGCAUUUAAAAAUAAGUUGGCCUUUUAUAACCUAAAUGUCUAGUAUCAAUUAUUUGUGUAAUAAUGAAAAAAUAGUAUAAUGUAUAAUUGUUUCUUAAGGAAUGAGUUAAAAUCAUCUUCCAGUAAUUUUUAUAUUGGAAUAAAUUUCACAAAGUUC